AUGAUACCCUCGAAGACGCUCGCCCUCUUAACAUGUGUGGCGCCGGGUAUGGCAGCCAAACCGGCUGCAUUCUACUUGGCGGGUGACUCGACCACCGCCGCUCAGUCAUUUAGGGGUGGUAGGUGGGGGGUAGGAUUCCUCGCGACCCUCACCGAUGGGGCCAUUGGCACUGAUCUGGGUAAGAUCUCUUAUCAGCCCUAUGUGACCAUCCAGUUCGGCCACAACGAUCAGAAGAAUACCUCGGGGGUCACCCUCGAAGACUAUGCCACGAAUCUGCAGACCAUGGCGGAGGCGGCGGUCACCGCAGGAGGAAUCCCCAUCCUGGUGACUCCAAUCUCCCGACGCACCUUCAACCCCACCACGGGAACGGUGAUCGAGGACCUGGCCACCCAGCGGAACAUCACCAUCACCGUCGCAGAAUCCAUCGGCGCCAGCACCGUGUACCUGGACGCCAUCGGGGCCACGGACGCAGCCAGCUACAACCGGAUCACCACCGACUACACCCACCUGAGCCCGGUCGGCAGCGUCGUCUUCGGCAAUAUGGUGAGCUGGCUGCUGCUGACCACCACUUCGCUGGCCAAAAGCCUGAGUGGCUGGCUACACCGUCCCCAACGCCGAAUCGUCGCCGCUGUCGUCAAUGGCACCUACAUUUACCCCGACGUGUAG